AUGUCAGUGUCUGGAGAAACGCGCUCACAGGGGACCCCUCCACUAGCAGAGCAGAUGUUGCACAUUUACGAUGGAGUUCAGAGUAAAAACACACACUCACCAGUCGCAGGGGUUCUUGAGCUGCAAUUAUCAACGUGGCUGGCAAUAUUCAAGCAACAGGGUUUUUUGCAGGUUGCUUUCAAGAUGUACCUUGGGGUCACACCCAGUGUGAGCUGCUGUAGUGCCGCGGGAAAUGAGUUCUCCUUAAUCCUGGACAAAAACCCACUAGUGGACUUCGUGGAGGAGCUGCCAGCAGAACGAGCAUCACUUUGCUACUGUAAUCUCCUCUGCGGGGUGAUUAGAGGUGCCUUGGAAAUGGUUCACUUAGCAGCAGAAGUUACCUUCGUCCAGGACAGGCUGAAGGGCGACGCUGUGACAGAAAUAGGAAUUACAUUUUUAAGGAAGGCUGAAGACAGAAAGCACAAAAGAAGUAAAUGA